AUUUCCGCUAGAAGGCUUUGCUGCUCCACCUUGAAUCCAACUGCUCUUGCAGGUGCUGCAGCUUGGCUGCCUCUGCCACCUUCUCAUCAAUCAAGAGGCAGCGAUGGAGGCCUUUUGUCGCUCAGAGGACAUGGUGGAGAAGGCAUCCCAGGUCUGGGCGAUGCUGGAUGACAUGGCCGAAAACUCUCCUGAAAGCUACCGCCGAUUCAUGCAGCAGCAGCUGAACAGCGCAAAGCAGUAUUACGCUCCCCCUGAGCCAUACCUAUGCCUGGAAGCCCAGAUCUUGGGGCCAACUGAAAAGCGACUGUUCGUUAACCUCUGCAGUUGGAGUAAAGUCCCCCCUCCGAAGUCCCAAUCCGAUCCAGUCCCAUUAAGCGCCGGCAGAAUGGAUACGUUUGCAAAGCCAGAACCUUACAGCAUCGUUGAUAUUGCAUACAACCCUUCCGUUCUCGAGCAGGGGGGAAACCCGUCAGAGAGGGAUCGGCUGAUUUGCUUGUCGCUCAAGUUCAUUGAGGAGCGUUAUGACGUCUCUCUUUCCCCCGCUUGCAGUACCGCAAAGCGUAAACUGAAAGGAAGCCUGGAAAGGAUGAGGAACAGCUUGCGAGGAGGGCGACCUACACCGCCCCCUUCUGAAAAGGAUGCUCCGUGCCCGAAAACUUCAUUGCGGAAAGAGGUGACCCUUGAGCAGCUGAAGAACAUCACAGCCCGAGAAGAAGACAGCAGUCUGAGUCUGCUCACCGAAAGCAGCGCUCCCCGUAAACCCUGCCUCAUUGAGGAAAUUUCGAGCACCGAGAGGCCGGAGGAACUGAAGUCUCCAGCCUACGAAGUAACCACCAGGAAGGACGCCAGCGGGAAAGCCCUGAAGCUGGAAGUGAAAGUUGAAGUGCCAGAGGUGCACUGCGUCUCUGAGUGUAACCUGAGCAUUUCUAAGGAUGACCUGUUGAUGGAAUGCCCGCAAAAAUACCGACUGCACCUGAAUCUGCCGGAGUCUGUGGAGGAGGAAGCAGCAUCAGCAAGAUUCUUCAAGAAGAAAGGAGUCCUGCUGAUCACAAUGCCCAUUUGCCAGCAGAGCCAAGAUCCGAGUGCUGAGUGAGCAAUGAGUUUAAAGGGGUUCAUAUUAAGUGCCUUGGCCUGUACUUUACUCCUCUGAGCCUUUGAGCAGCAAACUCAGCUGCUCUUUGAACAGACACAGGGCACUCUCGACCACUGCCUAAAAUUAGAGACACCACCAGCAACAAUUAAUGUGCUACCAGUAAAAAUGGCUACUUGCAGAAUAUUUCUUACCCCUCCUUCAGUUUUCUACCGUGGUGUGCGAACCAUAAGAGAGAACCACAUGAGCUUUAUAAAGCAAUAGCAAACUGUACACUUCAGAACAAUUCCUGCAUUAACUGGAACAAUUAAAAAAACCAAGUUAAAUUCAAGGGAGGCCAGACUAAAAAUAACCAGAGAACAGGCCUUCUCUAUAAAAGCACCCCAAUGGUGGAACCAGCUGCCGGAAGAGGCCCUACGGGACAUGAGCCAAUUCCGUAGGGUGUGUAAAACCGCCCUCUUCCGGCUAGCCUUUCAAGAUGGAGCCUGAAAUAAACAUCAUGCCAUCACUAAUACUAAUAACUGAGAUAACAGCGAGUAGAGAUUAUUUUAGACUGUUUUUAGAUUGUUUUAGACUAUGUAAAAUUUUAAUAGUAAAUAGUAAAUUUUAUUGAAUUGUAUAACUGUUUUAUUGUUCAAUAUGGCUUUGCCAAGCCUGUAAGCCGCCCUGAGCCUGCCUUGGCGGGGAGGGCGGGGUAUAAAUAAAAUUUUUAUUAUUAUUAUUA